AUGACUGCACUAAACAUCAGUCAAGUGUGGCAGAAAGGUUGGCCAUUAGCGUUAUCACAAGGCGCCCUUAUACUUCAUUUAGGAGCGAUUGAGGAAUCACUUGUGAGAAGUCAAGACAUUUUUUUAUGCUUCCGCUCUGAAUCAAAUGUCGCUGCAAAGCUUUACGCAUGUUGGCGUUCAUCUACCAAUGACACAAUCGUUUAUCACGCGUUGGAUCCAGAAAAACAUCCUAUUACUCCGUUAUCCAUUGAAAUGCUAGCGGGCGAAGAUUUACCUCAACUGUUGCAAACAUUACUUGUCGGUGUGGAACAUGCCAUUUGUCGAAUUCCAUUAGAUGAGUUGACAUUUCCACAAAACCCAAGUGUAUCAAGUUCCAAUCAUCAUCACAAUCAGCAUGAAAGUGAAACUGAUGGAAGGAAUUCGACGAAUAAGCGAGUGGAAUGCAAUUUAAAACGUCGAGAACUCAUAACAAAGAAUAAUUCUAUAAAUAAAAACUUUUGUAUUAAACGCGUUACGUGCAACGGUAGCAGCAAUUUUACAUCCAAUCAAACUGAAGUCUUCGACGAUGAAACACUUCAUGAACGUGAAUUGACGUCAAGUGAUGUGUCAACGUCAAAUGAUUUGACAAAUGAAGUCAAUUCAUUAACGACUUCAACAAGCACAGUCGCAUCUACAUUGCCUUUAUUCUGCUUAGGAGGUUCAUUUCCUCAUAUUGACAGUGACGAGGAAAGUGGCGAUGAUGCAAAAAAAACUCAAAGUGUUUCUUGUCUCCCACAUGACGUUAUAGCUCCAAGGUCGAUUCAAGAUUUACCGGAGAAAUUGCUCGUGUCGGGUUGCUAUUUGCCAGGUAACUUCACAACAGCUGGCUAUCCAUUGAUUGUAAUUGAAAGUGAUAAAGUUCAUCAGGCUGGCCUGAAUUGCUACGAAUUUGCGACAAUCUUAUUGUUCUACAACACCAUUCCCAUGAAUGCAACGACAUUUGUAAUCCAUUUAAUUGCAAAAAACGAUAGAAAUGGUCACGUAAAAGUCGUCUUAGAUAAAUUGGAUAAUGGCUUACAACUAUUGUACGGUCACGUGAAAAUAAAUUCAGUUCUUAUAACAUUGACAGAAGUAUCGGAAGAAGAGAAGCUAAAGGAAUCAUGCGAUGAUGAUGACAAAAGAUACAAUGAACAAUUACCAAUUAGUCAUAUAAAGCUUGUUUAUGCAUCAACGUAUGAACAGCUGUUGCAGCAUAUGACGAAGGAAAGUUUGUUUUCACUUUGCAAUGGCCUAUUGGAGCAUGAUCAAUAUGAGUGGAAAGAGUUUUUCAAGACAAUAGAACCAUUGCAAAGCCAAUGUUUGAUUGCUGGUCGUCGUUUAGUUUCCGUUCUUAAUGAUGUUCGUAAUGCGGAUCUUCAAGGCCCACCAACAAGACGUCAAUUACAUUCACAACAUCGAACACUUUGUCGAGCACUUAUGGACACUGAAUUGCAAAGUCUUCGACGUAAAGGGCCAAUAACUCUCGCACGCCUUCAAGAUCAAAUGAAACGAAUUCGAAAGCGAUCUUACCGUGUUAUUACCAAAAAUUCUGCUAACGAACGGAAAGUGUUCAACGCCAGUAAUAUUUCACAUUUCACUCAUAAACAACAAACGAAUGAAGUCAUUGGUAAUGCAUGCAAAGAGUCAGUUAAACAACAAUCAUCAACGCCAAACGAGGAAAACUUUGUUGAACAACGAUUGAAUGGUUUGAUAACCGUUUUUAACGAAGUCGAUCGUGCAGCAAAGCGACUGGAGCAAUUAACAGAACAACAUCGCGAAAGAUUGCGCGAACUUACUAGACAGCGGGCAUUAGAAGAUGAAAUCAAUGAGGUCAUUGAAUGGAUUCAAGGCGAAGGUGAAAAAUCUCUCAUCAAGUAUGGAACACUUUCACUAGAAUGUGGCGACACAAUUCGUGACGAAGAACAGGAUUUUGAAAAGUAUUACUUCAUUUCUAUGAAACACAUUGCAAAGGGUAAAGAUUUGAUUGAAGCAGCAAGCGAAUUGGACUCAUUGAGAGAUAUUGGCGAUAAUUUAAAUUCAGAAUUAAAAGCUUACAGCAUUCGUCUUGAAAGUUUACGUGAAAAGUUUGAAGGCGCUGCACGACUUCAUCAUUUAUUAGCAUUGAAGCUCAAUGAAGAUGACAUUCAGAAGGAAAUGGAAAAGCUCGCCGAAAAAAUUGGACUUUCUAGUUUAAUGCAAGACAAAUUUAAUAAAAUGAAAUCGAAGAAAUCAACGGGAAAAAUGACAAUUACCACAACGACAAUGAUUACCACUAGUACACCAAAAAAAGAAAGAGAAAUGACGUGUGACAGCUGCUAUGGAGAUUCUUUAUUGAUAUCAAACUCCAUAUUGCCAUCGAUUGAAGAGUCACCGGAAAAGAAACUACUAGAGAGAGGUACAACAGCAGCGAAAGAAGAAAAUAACUACGAUGACGACGGUAUUGAUGAAGUAGAAGCCACAGCGAUGACUUCGACGUCUAAAUUGGUCGAUGAUUCUGGCUUGGAAACGUUUGACGAUUCGUUCGAGAUGAAAGAUGAUGAUGAGAAACUUUUAAGGGCAUGCUCGUGUCAGAGCAUUGUAGAUGAUGCAACGUUGGCGUGUGAUAACAGCCAGCAUGAUCAUGACGAUGCUGAUUUGGAUGAUUACGAUACAAGUGAAAAUAUUACCAGCAUCAGUAUAGAUGAGACGACGAACAAAAGUGAAAGUCUUAACAAUAUUGCGACGGUUCCUUUGCAAGCGAACGCUCACCUGUAUUGUCAUGCGUCGAACUUACAAUUGGAUUUGGAUGAUAGUUUAAUCGAUCAGAAAACACAAAAGACGCUUCUUUUAAUCAUUCGGGAAAUGAUUGGAACGGAACGCGAUUACGUGCGCUCGCUUUACUAUGUGAUUGAUAACUAUAUGCAGGAAUUGCUUCGAGAAGAUAUUCCGCAAGCUUUACGAGGUCAACGUAAUGUCAUAUUUGGAAAUAUUGAAAGAAUUCAUGAAUUUCAUCAGCAACACUUUUGUAAGGAACUUGAGAUGUAUGAACAUCAUCCUUUGAAAGUUGGCGCUGCUUUCCUUCGUCACGAACCAAAAUUCUAUUUAUAUGCGCUUUAUAAUAAAAAUAAACCAAAAAGUGAUUCGCUUAUGAGCGAAUACGGUUCAUCGUUCUUCAAGUCAAAACAGAUGGAAUUGAAAGAUAAAAUGGAUUUGGCAUCGUAUUUAUUAAAACCUGUGCAACGGAUGGGUAAAUAUGCGCUUUUACUUCAACAACUUAUGAAGGCGUGUUCGAAUAUUCAAUGUGCUGGUAAUCAGGAAUUAAUCGAAGAUUUGGAUGAGUUGCAAAAGGCGGAAGAAAUGGUUCGCUUUCAGUUGCGACAUGGUAAUGAUUUAUUGGCAAUGGAUUCGCUUAGAGAUUGCGAUGUUAAUGUUAAGGAGCAAGGUCGAUUGUUGCGACAAAAUGAGUUUCUGGUAUGGGAGGGACGGGGCGGUAAGAAGUCACUUCGACAAGUUUUCCUCUUCGAAGAGUUGGUGUUGUUUAGCAAAGCUCGUCGUUUUCCAGAUAGAAAGAAUUUGGAUAUUUACAUCUACAAGAACAGUAUAAAAACUUCGGACAUUGGCCUCACAGCAUUCGUUGGAGAUUCCCCAACAAAAUUCGAGAUUUGGUUCCGCAAGCGAAAGCCAGGCGAUACUUGGACGUUGCAGAGUAUGAAUGAAGAAAUCAAAAACACCUGGACCGAUGAAAUCUCGAAGCUGUUAUGGAAACAGGCGAAAAGGAACAGAGAAAUUCGCAUGGCAGAAAUGUCUUCAAUGGGAAUCGGCAGUAAACCGUGUUUAGAUAUUCGGCCAAGCUGCGAUCAAAUCAACGAUCGUUCCAUUAGUUUCUCACAGUUGGGAAAAGCUCCGAAGUUCCGCAAUUCUUUUGUUGGUGCUUUGCCUGAUAUGAAGUCAUCUCGUCGUCCCAAUUCAAUCAUUUCCCUAAGUUCAUCAGCAUCUUCAGGUGGCUCAUCAGUGUCGUCUUCAGCUACGUGCAACAAGACGUCAAAUGAACACAGCGAUGAAUCUGAACGAAAUCAAGCGAACUGUCGCGAAUCACAGAAAGACAAAAAGACUUUGAAGCAAGAAAAAAAUGUGCCAUGUAAAUUUAAAUAUUCACGCUCCACGACUGUUGUGAGUCAAUGCUCGACAGAAAGUGGAAUACUCGCUGACUUUUCAUCGUUGAGUCCCGAAGAAUGUCUGGAAAACCCGCUGUGGCCGUCAUCAGCUCAUUCAGUUGUUUCGCUGAAAAAGUCAAACAGCAUUUUAACCUCGGUCUCAGCAUCAUCAGGCGCUUCAGUUUCGACAACAUCUUCAUCAUCAUCAUCAUCAACGAGCUUUGGUAAGAAAAUAUCAUCGCCAUCAACACUCGUCACGACAUCGUCUUUAAAAUCUAAGAAAGCUGUUGAGAAUGCUGACAAGAAAUUUAAAUCUAACAGCAACUCAAGCAUCUCAGAUGCUUAUCUUAACGAGAAUAAUGUUACCGUCCACUUGUAAGCUUUUUAUUACCUAUUUAAUUUCUUUCCAUCACCACCCACACUCAAACUGAAACCUGAAACUUUUUGUACAAGAAAUAAAUCACAAAUUUCACUUUUUAUUUCGAUACUUCAUCCUUAAUUGAAUAUCUCGAUGAGAAGAUGAAGCAAACAUAAAAUAUAAAUGAAGAUGAGUAACUUAGUAUACCUGACAAGCUUGUAUUUGUAUUGUUAAGAUAACAUUAAAUUAGCUUUCGAUAUAGUUCUUUAUAUAACUUAAGAAGAUAUGAAGAAGUACCCACAAUUGGCCAUUAAAUUCAUUAAAUAUCUAAGAUAUUUACAAAUUAUCAUCGCGUUACUUUUCAACUUUAAAGAUAAGCCUUAAACAUUUUUUUUAUUUAUCAUUUACCAGUCUAAAUAUUCAACGUGAUUUGUUGCAUUAAAAAUAUUUAUAAACAUUUUUAUUUUAUCUUCUGACGAAAAUCUUUCAUAAAUUAAGAAAUUCUAGUUUAACAAUUUAAUUUUGAUUUAGAUAGAAUUUAAGUCUAAAGUUUCUAUAAUUUUACAUAAGAUUGAUGUAUGAUUAAUUGAAAGUGUUAACAAGAAGAAAAUACAAAAAUAAUUAAUAAAGAGA